GAUCGUCCCGCCUGCUUACAUGGACAGUCAGGCCGACCACGAAGAAGAGCAGCUGGGACCGCAGCUGCCUGAUGAUCAGCGGUCUGUCUGUGAGCACGGCGAAGAAGACGCCGUGUGUCCCGGCUGUGAGGCGGUGGGUGUCCGGACGCUGCCCUGCGGUCACAAGCUGUGUCCCGCGUGCAUCCAGCUGAGCCAGGAGGAGCUGGGCCAGGCCGGCUGUACCAUCUGUUACGGCUCCCAGCUGAUGGACUCGGUUCUCCACACUCUGCUGGACACUCUCUUUACAGGCCAGCCCAGGAGACCCAGGACUGCAGCCGGGGCUGAGGGAGACGAUGCCACGGGCACGGGGAACAGAGCGGACGGGCCUGAGGAAGAAGAAGACUUGUGCUUGCAGCAUGGCGAAGCUUUGAGUCUCUUCUGUUUGGAUGAGGAAGAACUGAUCUGCCAGCAGUGUGCGAGCCAGGAGCACGAGGACCACCAGCACUGCGUCCUACGGGAGGCCAUCGUGGACUGCAAGACUGAGCUGCGAUCUCACGUCAGAAGGCUCCAUGAGCAGCUGGAACGUCUGAGCUCCAUCAGACAGACCUGGAAGGACAUCUCUGCUCACAUUAAGGACCAGUCCGUGCAAACAUCCCGGACUGUGAGGGAGGAGUUUGAGAAGAUGCAUCAGUUCUUACACGAUGAAGAAGCUGCUCUGAUGUCACAAGUGAAGCAGGAAGAGGAGGAGAAGGAUCAGAGGAUGAACGAGAAGAUCAGCAGAAUCAGUGAUGACAUAAAGCUGCUGACAGACAUCAUCAGAGAGACAGAAGACAGUCUGGGCUGCCGGGACCUUCUCCUUCUGAAGAACUACAAGAAGACGUCUGCGAGGGUUCGGCGCAGAAUCAAGGAGCCUGGAGAUGAAUAUGAAGCAUUGGUGGAUGUGGCCAAACACCACGGCUGUCUGCAGCACCGUGUCUGGGACAAGAUGCAGAGUAUCAUCCAGUACUUUCCGGUCACCCUGGACCCUAACACGGCAUCGGCGUGUUUAGGCAUGUCACGUGACCUGUCCAGGGUGUACAUCUGUGAGGAGCAGACUCUUCCAGACAAUCCAGAGAGGUUUGUGUCCCCACCGAGCAUCCUGGGAUCAGAAGGUUACACCUCAGGAAGACACAGCUGGGAGGUGGAGGUGGGUGAAAACAGCCAGUGGGCUCUGGGCGUGGCAAGUGAGAUGGUCCACAGAAAGCCGUGGUCUGACACCAAUCUGGAUCCAAGUGUGACACUGAACACAAACACAGAACCCAGUAGUGGCUUGUGGAUUGUGUCCCUCUCGUCUGGAGAGUACCGUGCAUCCCCUGGCCACAACAGUCCGCUAAAACUGAGGCGGCGGCCGCGGAGAGUCCGGAUUCAGCUGGACUGGGAACGAGGUUCUUUGACCUUCUUCGACACCAAUGACAACAGCCUGAUCUACAGGUUUAAAAACCAGUGGAGCGGCACCCUGAAGCCCUACCUGUCCACCACAUGUUCCCAACACCCACUGAAGAUUGCCGCUGGGAAGGUGACUGUUAGCUUGGAGUGACACCGUGUGUGUUCAUCAGAUGCCAACAGAACAAUGUCAUGUUUUCAGAAAUAUCCA